AUGAGAAAUGUUUCCGGUCCGAGCCUUUUGUAAGUUCGCCAGGUGUAACGGGGGUACUGUAGUUGAAGUCAAUGGGAGAGAAGUAACUGCUAAGGUGAUAAUUAUUGCUAAAGCCAUUUUACUGUAUAAGAUUUACAUUCCCGUCAAUAUUUGGCAAAAUUUUAUAUUACACUUGAUCAGUUGAAAUAAUAUCUUGAUUUGGUCCAUAUUAAUACAUCUUCCCGUAGUUCUGUUGUCACAGUAAUCCUUUCUGGCCUUUUAGCAUAGUUUUAUAACUAUCAAAACUCAUCAAAAACAAUUUUUUUCUAUGAUAUUACACUUGAUGACUUAACCAAAUAUCUCCCAUAUUUUCCAGCCUAUGUCUCCUAACUCUUCUCUCAACCAUAACUCUAACUCUAAACGAGGUUGUGGCCACAUUACGCACCGUUAUUGCAACGGAUGAAGUAAACAUGGUAGCUGAAUGGAGGUUGUAUAACAGAUGCAGUCAUGGAUUUGUCCAGCUAUUUUUGGGUAAUGUUAAUGCUCUCGGAAAGGGUGACAAUGACUGUCUAAGUAAGUUGAGAUAACAAAGAUUUUACGCAAACUGUUUAGCAAGGUUUACGGUGCUCAAAAAUGACUGGGAUGACAGUUUCAUGCUUCAACAGGUCCAUUCAAAGAGAUAUCUUUGCUUCAACUCCAAAUUUCAGUUGGUUCCAAAGGUAAACACAUGGUUUAAUGUAGUCAGAAUAGCGUGAUCAGUGCUGGGAUAUGGUCUACAUAGUUUUUAAUUGAAAUUUUUUGGACUUUAGUUCAUCUUUGUAUACUUUUUUUUCUGAAGUCAUCAAAAUAUGUUGAUCUACCGUAAUCCAUUUAUUACUUGGUUAUUUUUGUAAGUUUCAAUUUGAAAAUUUUACGAGUCAAAAUAUAGACAUAGCUUAUCAAUUAUGCCAAAUUUCAUAUACUUGUGGCGUUAUCUUCCUUCUAAAUCAUCUGUUUUUUUUCAGUCCACCCCCUCCUAUCGCUGUCGAUUCAAGGAGCGCCUCCAAAAGUCGGGCUAUUCCAAAUUCGAAUCCAAAUGGCGACACGGACAUUUUAUUGGGUUUGACAAGGACGGCCAUCCAAUUUCGUCGCCGAAUUCCACGAAAUCCCAUUGUUUCCAGUUCACCAAACUCAGCGCCCAGCCAAACGGUCCCAUUCGAGAUUGUCCGACGGCCUAUCGCCGGAGAUCUCAUCGAUUCGCGGUGCCGCAGGUCAACGAAAUUCAAUCGGCUUCGAUUUUUGGGAUCCUCAAAGAAACGUUUUUGUCUAGAAUAUUAGUCUAG